UGCUGCGAGUGCGCGCUUUAGUUGCUCCAGACAGAGGUAUUGUUAUUCUUGGUUUGUUGACUUGUUGUUGUUGAUUUUUUAUUUAUUUAUUGAACUAAUAGAUCGGUGAGUGAAAGAAACAGAAAGAAACACAAAAUUCGAUACAAAAAAAGGCCCUCGUAGAGGUCUUGCCCACGUAACAGCUCAGCAUCACUUUUCUAAAAAGAUUUCAUGCGCUUACUAAUAUAAAAUGUAGAUUUGUGUUCGUGUCAACGUCAGUGUACAGAAAGAUCUAAGGGAUACUUAAUUUCUGUAAGUCAGUUUAUAUGCAGCUGUUGCAUUUAUGUUUUUAUUGCCUUUCAAAAUAAAAAAAAAGUGUUAGUUACUUCUUAGAACGUUCUUAUUAGAUUUAUUCAAAUUAAUAUUGGUUCAUACAUUUUGAGGAGACUAGUCGAAUGCAUUCAUUAAAUAGCACACGUAUUACAAUCUUAGUGGGGUUAUCUUGUUUGUUCUCCUUAUCUUAUUUGGUUAAAAUGUCAAACUUGUACGAUCAGAUUUCAUGAUGACAUGGUGAGCUUUUUUGUUGGCGUUGCAAUUUGCUCUGUCCAAUGUCAUACUUUGGGAACAGCGGGACGCACUAGGACCCUGCAGAGCUCAAACAAAUUAAGGACAGCCACCGCAUAAGAGGCUUAGCACAUCUAAUCUAUACUUACACACACACACACACACACACACAUACAGUAUUUCAUAAACAUCCCAUUUUCAAACAAGCACGUCCCACAGGCGACCACCGCCAUUGUAUUUUCAUUUAGUUUUCAUUUUUUCCCCAACUCUUUCAUUCACCGAGUUGACCUUACCGCCCCUUCCACUUUGCCGUAGAACAUUGACCCAUAUGUUCCACUUCUCUCAUGCAAUUUCAUUAGCAGGCGGGUAAAAACGUGUCCUUCAGUGAACUAAGAGUGUCUUUCUCUGUCAAUUGAAGAGAAAGACAAAUUGCAACUGCAAUUUAUUAUUUACAGCCAAGAGUUCAUUUUGAUUGCUAUUUCAGGAAUUUUCCGGUUAAAAGGUUGCGACAUUUCACUGAAAAUAGUAAUUUGUUCCAAUGUAUUUUUGAUUUGAUGCCAGUAUUGAAUGUGUAAGGUAUUGUCAUUUACAUGGAUUUCAUCCCGCCUGACAUCACAGGCCCAAGUCCCGUCCCGCUUCCACAAACCUUUCCACACACUUUCCCAGCUGUUACCUCUCACAUCACCUCGUUCGAUAGUGUUCACAGCAUAUUUGGAUGUCUGUGCGUCCACUGUGUGAUUAUAGUGUGUGUGUGUGAGACAGUCGCACACCCACACAUAAACACACACACGCAUGCACAGAGUUCAGCCGAUUUAUCAUAAUAUGCUUUAUCUGAAAAGUAAGUAUCUUAUCUCGGGAUAAAGGGAGGAAAGAGGGGUUUGUGGCCAGAUUGACAGAGGAAGGGUGGAUGGACAGAAUGGAGGCAGCACUGGCCGCACAUGCAGGCACAAGGAGCGGAACGAGCCCUUUUUGGGCGCGAUCGAUCACUUUUGGUAAUCCUUCCCAUGCAGAGCGAGACGAGAAUGGGAGACCACAGACAGCACUAGCUGUUGCUGUCUGGAUUCUGCACUAAACACCUGGCACAAGAUCUGAGGUGGACCACUUCCCUGGAGGCCUUGAUGUGGAGGAUUCUGUUACGACCGACCGGGCCAGGUCCUGAGGCAGAACCACUUUCCUGAAGGCGUCUACCUGCAGCGCUUCAUCUCUUUAAAUUGACUCUUAAUAAUGGAAUGCCAUCUUAAUUAACAUUGUACAGCACCACACUUGGCAUGGGUGUGUGUUCUGGUUGUUGUCUUCCCCCUGUCUCGUACUCACCUGCUCCUGAGAGCAUCUUCCCCACCUGUGCCUCGUUUACCCUAAUUACCCCAUGCAUUUAACCUCUUGUCUCAUUUUUUCUGGUCGCCAGUUCGUUGUACCUUGUUGUCACGUUCCAGCAUUCCUUGUUUCCACGUCACCGACUCAUAGUAAGACUAGACCCUGUUCUGAUUAUUGACCUUGCGUUUUUGCCUCACGUUUUUUGGAUACUGUUGCCUUUGCGGAUUGCCUGCCUGUGUACCGACCUGUACCCGUUUAUUAAACCUCUCCUUUUGAAAUUGUCCAUUCGUGCAUUUUGGGUCCUGUCCUUUGUUCCGUUCAUGACAAUACUAUGUGAUAAAUGUUGUCCACUCAACAUCAAUUGCAGCCCAGUCAUCCUGGAAGGGGGAUUCCCCCCCCACCUGUUCAAGGGCUAUACAAAUAAACUUGACUUGAGAUGCAGCGUGUGUGGUGGGUCACAGGCGAAGCAAGCCAAAUGUCGCGCCGCAGAGUGGGCUUCUGCCUCAGUGAUAAGAAACGCAGGAGGAUGAAUUUGGACGCCUUUGCAGAGCUCUGUGCGGAUCAUGGAGUGGAGGUGGUGGAGCUUGAUCUUACUCAGCCACUUGGCCCCCAAGGACCCUUCGAUGUUAUUGUACACAAGCUGUCUGAUGUCAUCGUCGAGGCAGAGCAUGACAGCCGAUCAAGGCAGCUCCUGGUCAACUUUCAGAGUUAUGUGUCAGCUCACAGCAGUACAGUUCUUCUGGAUCCCCUGCCUGCCAUGACCCAAAUUCUAGACCGCUUUGCCUCUUACCGGAUCAUGAGCAAGAUGCACAAUUCACUCCGAGACUGGCACAUUUGCAGUCCUCCAUACCUUGAGGUCCACAGUGCCAGUGAGAUGCCUUCCAUUCAGCAGAAAGUGAUGACUCAGAACCUGAGCUUCCCUCUCAUUUGUAAAACAAGAGUGGCACAUGGUUCUCUUUCCCAUGAGAUGUCGCUGAUCUUCAGUGCGGCAAGUCUGGUGGAGAUCCGACCUCCGUGUGUCCUCCAGAGUUUUGUCAACCACGGAGCCGUUCUGCACAAGGUGUUUGUGGUCGGAGAAAGACACUUCCGUGUGGAGAGGCCCUCACUCAAGAACUUCCCCACUGGGCCAUGUGACAGAAAGACCAUCUUCUUCAACAGUCAGCAAGUGUCCAAACCGGAGUCAACCUCUGAUCUUACUGCUGUGGGUAUUCAAAUGCCCUGCCGGCCUCCUCCCAGUACGGAGGCUGUGGCCGCCUUGGUCCGAGAGCUGCGCCUUCAGCUCGGCAUGGCCCUGUUUGGUGUGGAUGUCAUCAUCAAUGCACACACGUACACGCUCACCGUCAUUGACAUCAACAUCUUUCCAGGUUACGAAGGUGUGCCCCAGUUUUUCUCUUCUCUGCUCAGCCACAUUGAGUCAGUGUUGGACGCACAAGCUUCUUCUGUUGGCUCUCCGGAGACAACUCAUCACAAAGGGGCGACUUCCACUGUGGCAAGUGGGCUCUGAGACAUCUCAGGGUCGGAAAAGACCAUGUAAAGCAUCAGUCAUUUUUUAAAAGCUUAACCUAACAACAUCUGAAAUGACUCAAACUGUUUUUUGUUUUUUUUUAAUUGUGUUGUGAAGUGAUUCUUAGUCACAAGAUAAACAACUGGCAGCAAAUGUGUUUCAUA